UAUCGUGUGUCUCCAGAAAUCGGUCCGUGCGGGAGCAACAAUCACAUACAAGAUGGAGACCGUAAAUGCUGGACAAAUGAUGAGUUUAGCAGCUCUACAGAGACAAGACCCAUAUAUUAACAGGCUGCUCGAUGUUACCGGCCAGGUGGCUCUCUACAACUUCAACUCAAAAGCGAACGAAUGGGAGAAGACCGAAAUCGAGGGCACCCUGUUUGUUUAUGCAAGGUCUGCCUCGCCUCACCAUGGUUUCACCAUCAUGAACCGACUGAGCACAGAGAACCUAGUGGAGCCGAUCAACAAAGACCUGGAGUUCCAGCUGCAGGAUCCCUUCCUGCUCUAUAGGAACGGCAACUUGGGUAUCUACAGUAUUUGGUUCUAUGACAAGAGGGACUGUCAACGCAUCGCUCAGCUGAUGGCCAAGAUUAUGAAACAAGAAGCAGACCAUGCCCAAAGAAAGUCGCCGGAGAGGGCAGAGCCUGGAAAGACCAAUGGUGUCGCAGAACCACGGCCCAUCGACAUCCUAGAACUGCUCAGCAAAGCCAAGGAGGAAUACCAGAGAGCUCUAACAGGUGACACAGAUGUGUCCGCAGAGCCUAAUGUGAAAUCGGCCAUCAAUGCCACGGAGCAUGCCCACAGCACACCACAACCAGAAAAGAGCUCUCAUACAAUGGUGAAGCAGAUCACAGUUGAGGAGCUCUUUGGAUCGUCCCUCCCUAAGGACCCCUCUCUACCCACCAUGCCCACACAGAACACCACCACAGCUUCCAGUGACCCCUCCACUGCUUACCUCCGGGACCAGUCUUAUCCCUCUCCAGCCCGCCAACACCCACUCUUUCCUCCCCAUGUCACAUCCCAGGACCCUGGUUCAAGUCAGCGGCACCAAGUACACGGCCUGCUCCCAGCUCCGUAUGCGCUACACCCCAGCCCUGUUUUUCAGUCAGUGGUCCCCAGGUCAGACCCCCAACCUCAGUGCUCAGUCUCCCCUCUCAUGGUGCUUCCAGCUGGCUCAGAGCCUCGUGCUCUCCCUGGUCCUGCAGCACCAUCAGCAGCUCCUACGGCCUAUUUGGGACAGGAGAUACUCAACACCCUCAAAGCAGCAGUGCCAUCUGUGAAUUCGGACAUCCACAAACCCAUCCUCGCGCCAAACUUUCUGCCAAGCAUGCUGUUCCCACCCCACAGCUUCCAAGAGCCAAUGGGGAAACCUAUUCUUCAGCAUGGCAAGGAGAUGGAUGUUUUCUCUCAGCCUCCAAACCUGAUUAAACCAAUGUCUGCUGUCCCCAUUAGUCCAGGUCUUGCUGUUCCAAGGCCGGCAAAUUCUGUGCUCCUCUCCCCCAGCGUCUUCCAGCAGUCCAUCAGUAAAACGACAGCAGCAGCAUCAGUGGUCCCUCCUGCCCCCUCCGAGCCCUCGUCCUCUGUAGGAGCUUUAGAGCCUCCACAAGCAGCCUGCAGCAUAACACAGCUGCAGGAUACUCUGAUACACCUCAUUAAGAAUGACCCAGAGUUCCUCAGUGCCAUUCAUGAUGCUUACCUGCAGAGUCUGUCCAAGGACUUCAGCAACAUGAAGCUAUAGUCUACUUCAACCAUCAUCACUGACACUUUCAGCGCUACCGCCCCUUUGUAACCUUUGAAGAAUCCAGAAGUUAAUGGGAGUUAAAAGCAGUGCAGAUAACAGGUUGUUUACACACUGUACACCACAAUGCUUCAGAACUAGUCUGUUCUAAGGGUUAUUAUAGCAUGCAGCGUGCCAUUUAACCCUUUGUUCCUGACUCCGAACUUGAACUUACAUGAACACUGAUGCUUUCCUGGCUACUCGCGUUACCUUGGACUAAUUUUAUGUCUGCUUAGUCAAACCAGAGCUACUGUGGGAGAAAAGGAUGAGAUAAAACUUCCCAGUGUGGCCUUGGGUUCUCAUUUUUACAUUAUAAAUAUAAUAAAACAGUUGGCCACAUACUGGAAGAUUUAGCUGUUGCAGGUUUGAGGACAGGGCCACUGUCAUUCACUUUUGGCCUUGGAAAAGACAAUUUUGGGAAUCGCAGAUGCUGUUUCUCUUACUCAUCUCACGUCUUUGGACUUCUCGCAGUGCGAAUGUAUGGGGACAGUGAUUACACACUUAACACUGCUUAUUAAGAGAGAGACCUCUGUGCUGGGGACCUCAGAACUGUUUUGGGGGUCUGUCCCACUGUGUGGCGUUCAAAAAGGACUGCUCAUUUUCCUAUUUUUUUUUUUUUUUUUCUUUCACUUUUUGAACCUUUUACCUUGAAGUAAUGCUGAGACAUGUAUGAACAGCCAUCACAGUUUUAGUGCCAUUUGUUUUUGAUGAGUUUUUUUCAGCCCUUGUCCAAGGAAGAUAAAGAAGUUCCAUUAUUUUUUUGGAGAAGCACUUGCAGCUCACUCUAAGAAUCCGUUCCUCCCGGCUGAUUUCUUUUUUUUUUAUUUUCUUUUUUUUAUGUUAUGUUACAGCCUGUGACGUUUUCAUGAAGACACAGAAACGAACGCACAAGCCAACUUCUUUGUUCCUUUUCUUUUCUCGACAUUUCUCCCUGUCCUUACUCUUUCUCUCUCUUUUUGUCUUUCCCCUCGUCUGUGCCGUUCAUCUCUCCUCCACCAGCUGAGCUCAGUACUUGAUGUCCUUGGAGGGGAACGUGCAAUAGACAUUGUGGGAUACUUUAGGAUGGUACAGUAGAGCUAAAUUUAUCUGAACCUCUGGGUUCUGGUUCUGCAAUGAUGUAUAAUUUUAUAUCAUGAGAAAAAAAAUACACACAUUGCUAUUAAUUUAGGAUUAUUGUUUACAUUUACACCUUUAAUAUUAAAUUGCUUAAAACAUAGGGGACUGAUGUGCUUUUGAUAGCUUCAGUAUGUUUCAAACCAGUUUAUACCAGUAAUCCACCUAAUGUUGAAAUAUAUAUAUACUACCUCCAUUCCUGUUUCUAAAUUUAUUUUUUCCAGCCCACAGUUAGGCUAAAUUAAUUGUGGUAACUUGUCGUUUUUUGCAGUAAAAGGCUACUGCAGCACAAAACCGUACACUCUGCAGACCGCAGUGGGAACAGGAAGAAGCACAUCUGCCUCCUCAUCAUGUGUAACGCUGUGUAACGCUGUGUAACGCUGUGUAACGCUGUGUAACGCUGUGUGGCUUUUAAUGCAGUUUGUGAACAAAAAACUAUUCUAAUGUACAUCAGAAAAUAAGCUUUCAAAGAUUUAGAAAGGUUUAUGUGGCGUGUGGGAAUUUUUUUUUUAAACCCCCACACAGAUUACUAAUAUGUUUCAUUUACCACAAAAUGUUCAGCACAUACAAGACCAUUACAAACGUCUAAAAAUAAU